CAUCUGCCUUAUAGUUGCCUUCGCCGGAAGUGAACCAUGCGCGGACAUGGACCCUGUGGGAUGCGCAAACAACCCCAAUUUGUGCGAUGACCCCAUCUUAGCCAAGGAUAUAUGCGCCAGUAGUUGUAAUCUGUGUAAUCAGGAUGUCACGACGCCAACGUCAAUACAAACAACAGUAUCAUCGCCGACAACAACAGAAAUGCAUACAACAACAACAACAACAAAAACAGCAAAGUCAAUGACGACGACGAUUACAACAAAAUCGCCAACAAUAUUAACUACAGAAAAUUUAUCAAAAACGACAGAAACGACUACCAAAUAUGGACAAGUGGAUGGCGCCUGGACUUUGUGGAAUCACUGGUCCCACUGUUCGGUCACCUGCGGAAGCGGAACCUGGACACGUCAUCGCGCAUGCUCAAACCCGUCCCCUAGAUAUGGCGGCCAUACUUGCUCAGGGACAGACCAUGAAACUACAUCUUGUCAGAAGGCGACCUGCCCAAUUGAUGGGGGUUGGGGUUCAUGGGGUCACUGGAGAACGUGCAGUGUCACGUGUGGUACGGGGAUCAAAAUACGUCAUCGCUCGUGCACUUACCCUGCCCCUCAAUAUGGGGGGACAAGUUGUGUUGGCAGUCCAACCAGUCAAAAGCAAUGCACCCACAAUGUCUGCCCCAUCACAUGCCCCACCCACUGGGAUCGCCACGGUUCUUCGUGUUACUACGUUUCUACUACAAGACAUGCCUGGAGUUAUAGCAAGCAUUACUGCAAAAAUCACAGUUCGUUUCUUGUUGAGAUCGACAAUGCUGCUGAGGACAGCUUUAUACUCAACGAACUCUCUAACCAUGACAUAAUUGGUGUUUGGACCGGUGGAAACGAUAUUUCAAAGGAGGGGCACUAUGUAUGGGAUGGAUCAAGAACAGCGAUAAACUACACCCAUUGGGCACCGGGUCAGCCAGACGGAAACAACACUCACAGACCAUCCCACGAUUGUAUUAAAGUCACUAGCGCACAUUGGUUUGACGAGUCCUGUACUAACACACAUCACUUUAUUUGCGAACAAAAGUUCAACUCGGCUGGUACCAAUGUAUUUGGAUAGGUUACGCUUUGUGUUGUAUCCUUGAAAUAAAAAUAACGUUCGCA